CAGUUCUCGGUGACUCGUGUGUCCCCUCCCUUUGACCGUCAGCAUGUCUGCCAUCUUUGAUUGGUUUUGGUCCAUCCUGGCCUCCCUUGGCCUCGCCAACAAGACUGGCAAGCUCGUCUUCCUUGGCCUCGACAAUGCCGGCAAGACCACCCUUUUGCACAUGCUUCGCGAGGGCCGCAUGUCCACCGUUCAGCCUACCCUCCACCCAACCAUGGAGGAGCUCAGUAUUGAAAAGGUGACUCUCACCACGUAUGACUUGGGUGGUCAUUCUCAAGCGCGCCGCGUAUGGAAAACAUAUUUUCCAGCUGUGAAUGCCGUCGUGUUCCUGGUCGACGCGGUUGCUCGCGAUCGAUUCGCCGAAGCCAAGGAGGAGCUCGAUAGCUUGCUGAGCGACGAACAAAUUGCAGAUGUACCCAUCUUGAUCCUGGGCAACAAGAUUGAUGACCCGAACGCCGCCGGUGAAGACGAACUCCGCGCUGCACUUGGUCUCUUUGGCCAGACCACCGGCAAGGGCCAGGUGCCCCGCAGCUCCCUGUCAUCGCGCCCCAUGGAGCUCUUCAUGUGCACCGUCCUGAAGAAGCAGGGCUAUGCUGAAGGGUUCAGGUGGAUUGCUCAAUACCUCUAGAUCAGAUCCUCUCGCCGGCGACCGCCGCUCUCUUCUCUUUGCUUUGUGACCAAAUUUCCUCCCAGGCGAGCGCACGAAUGUUCUUGUAUGCUUCUCUAUGUGGCGCCAAGUUGUUUUCUCCGAUGUCGGGAGACGUGCUUUUCUCGCUUGAUGCCUGUGGCUUGUGAGUUGAUCGGGUUGCGCAGUGGCCGUGCUGCUGGUGCCGCCGUUCUCCCUUGUCUCGUGCUCGUCUUGUGCUGCGUAAUUGCUCUUGUUUCCAUCCGUGUUCUGUCACCUGGCGGUUGUCUGUUUGACCAGCAUGUGAUGUCGUCCCUCGUGGCUACUUUUUGUGCCAUGCGUCUGCUUUUUCCCUUGGGGUCUUCGCACUUCUCUGCCCCGCGCUGCUCUCUUUUUUCUCUCUUCUCUCGCUCUCUCUCUUUCUGCGCGACGCGCCUUCUCCGUUUUCUUCUCCACCUCGUUAGUGUUUCCCGAUUUCUAUGCCUCGCUCUUGUUCGUUUGCUCUCAGCGGUGGCCCUGGCGAACCCAUUCUCCCCCCUUGGCUUCAUUUGCCAUCCAUCCUUACACUCCUGUCAAUUCGACUUUUUCCAGG